AUGGAUGCCCAACAGCAGCAGCUUCCGCCUCGAUCUGCGUACGAGAUGGAGACCCAGGAAUCCCGAUUUGCCAAACAGAAAGCGUCCGUCAAGUGGCUGCUCUCGAAAGCGUACAACAAUCGUGUGCCAGACAUUCUGAAGGAUCCGUUCUACCGGGACCACGAAGGCCAGGACCAUCUGAAGCCACAGAUCGUGGUCGGACUGGGUAACGCAUCGAUCUACUGUCAGGUGUUGAGUAACAUCUACUCCGACCCGAACUACCAGAGCCUGAACCACUGGUCGAUCCUGCAGACCCUCUCCCGGAAGGGCGUACCAAUCAACGAGUCGCCCGAUCAGCCGCUAACCGAGACGGUUCUGAUACAGACGAAUCCGCUUAGAAUUAAUGCACAUAUGGCUGUGAUAGAAGCGCUGAUGGUGUUAUACGCUAAAGAGGUGGCUUCCAGCGGAAGAAUUUCCAGUGCUUUAGAAAGAAUUUCGGGCCGUAGUGUAGCGCCAACCGUUCAGCAUCAUGAACCUGCCUUACUGAAUUGGAUUUCGCAUGUGAUCGGUGCGCUGAAGAAGCGCAUCGACUACGAAGUGGCGGCCAAUGGAGGCAGCGGAGCGCUAGACGAAUACGGUCAACGGCAUCAGAGCCCGGACGUUCCACCUGUACGAGACUUUCGGGAACUGUGUGACGGCGUUUGUUUGGCUUAUCUAAUCUCGUACUACUGUCCCAAACUAGUUCCUUGGCAUAGCGUUAAAUUCAACCACGUACCAACCAUUGAGGAUUCAAUUCACAAUAUUCUGAUAGUUAGUAACUUUUCCGAGCGAAGUUUGCCAUACAGCGUGUUUCACAUGUCACCAGAGGACAUCACCUACAUGCGGGGUUCAAUGAAACCCAACCUGGUCGUGCUGCUGGCGGACUUGUUCAACCUUUUCGAAAUCCAUCCGGCCAAAUGUGUCUGCUAUCCGGGCAUGGAGCAGCAGCCCACAGACGCAGCCGGAGCCGGCGCUACCAAUGAGCACGGCAUUGCCCAUCGCAGGGGUUUCGCGAAUCAACCGACGAUCGCGGCCAUUCCCGAUUUGCGCCCCGGGCUCGAUUCGCCACCGGGUAGCAGCGGCGGUAGCGGCACCAGCAGUAGUGGUGGUGGUGGCGGCGGCGGUGGCGGUACUGGCAAUGGUGCCAUUAAUCGACCGCCAUUUCAAGUCAAUCGGUCGCCAUCGGCCAGCACACUCAGGAAGCACAUUGCGAGUCGGGAAACACCGGAACAGCAUCAACCGCACCAGUUGUACCAACAGCAGCAGCCACAGCCGCAGCCGCAACAUCAGUCACCGUAUCAGGCGGAUCCUGAUGAAGGAUUCGUGGUACACAGAAGCAAAGGAGUGCCAACGUUGUCAUCGAUGCACGAACCGCUGGUGCCGGCCAGGAUACGACAAGCCAAGGAGAAAACCAACAACGAUUCCAAAGCGGAAGAACGAGGUGAUAGCAUCCCGGCUGGUCGGCCAAGCAACUGGGAAGAGUCGCGCAAACCCAGCUUCUCAGGGCGACGGUCGCGCAGGAAUUCGUUCAGCGAUGAUUCGCAGCUGACGAUCGAAAACUUUGGAGGAUCUCAGGAUCAGCUCAACACCGUGGGCCGUUUCGAGCGGGAGCGCAAAAUUUCCAACACAAGCCUCACGUCGAUUGAACCGGUCGUCCCGGCUCGAUCCUCGUUGGCCGAUGCUCGAGGCUCGAUUCAGUUCGGGUACGAUACGGAUUCGGGCAACGAGAAGCAAGAUCGUGACACGGAAAAGCCACCCGGCAGUGGCACGUUGCGGCGUCACAACAGCACCACCCUACAUUCCAGCGGCAGCGGCGCCAGUGGCCAUGGUUCGACGAGCGGUCGUGGUGGGUCGGUUGAGCGAGAUCUUGUCGAUGGAGAUGCUAGCUCGACGAUGGCGCCAAACGUUGUUGGGGGAAUGGCUGCAGCCGCCUCCGCCGCCGCUGCUGCUGAUGUGGAGCUCACCCCUCGCCGCAAGACUUCCUUCGCAACACUGCCAAACAAUACUACCACCUGGCAGCAGCAGGCCAUAAGCGUGCAGAAAAUGGACGAUGUUGAUGACAAUCAACCGCUGGAAGAUGCCACGAAAAUCUCAACGAUUAAGCUAAAAUUGGAAGAGAAGCGUCGUUUGAUCGAGCAGGAAAAACGGCGCGUCGAAUCGGCCUGGUCGAAGCAGUUGCAAACGGUUGGCAAACAGGCAUUCUUACAAGCUAUUAACAAGAGUAAAAGUGGCAGUAAUGUCCCCGGUGAACCGGAAUCCACCUCAAAAGAAUCGAUCGAUGAUGGGGCUACGGUAGUAGAGGAUGAUGAUCAUCAUCAUGGUGGUGUAGUAGAAAAGGCGGAACGGCCCUGCUCUCUCAAGGAUUUGGAUGACCACAGCAGCAGCAAGUAUGAGCAAAAGUGGAAUGCACAAAUAAUCGAACCGAAGAAGACUCCCGAUCUGGAGAACAUGGACCUGGAGCAGUAUCAACAAAGCAUUUCGAAAAUGAACAACAACUUGCACGAUAUUCAGGCGGACAUACAGCGUCUCACGCAUCAGCAGAAUCAGAUUCAAGCGCAAACGCUACAGGCCCAGCAGCUACUGCAUGCGCAGCAGAUAGCCAAUCUGCUUAAUCAGCAAUAUGGUUCCCAGCAAAGCAUCCCGGCGUCGACCUACCGGCCAAUGAACACCGGCCCGCUGUUCGGCUCUAGUCCUCAUCUACCGCAGCAGCAAUCGUCUCCGAUCAACUACGGAAUGCGUCCGCCUAGUCGCGAUCCCUACCUUUCGCAGCACACGAUGCAGUACGUGAACGAGCAGGGCCAGUACAUACAGGCAUCGCCGCAGCAGCAGAAUCACAUGCAGCCCAACUAUGGACCCACCCACCAGACGCCGCCCCAUCAUCCCAACAACCUGGUGUACAGCCGCGAACAUAGCCAAACACAGCUGAUCGGUGAUCAGAAUGGUCAGUACCGGACCAUGGGCAAAGAGAGUCAUCAGUACUCGUCGAAUUCCUACCUGAACAUGGACCAACACCAUCAGCAGCAUCAACAGCAGCAGCAGCAGCAGCAGCAUCAGUUCUACCACCAGGACUCAAACCACUACCGGGAUCCGUAUCAGCAACAACAGCAUCACCACGGGCAGCAGCAGGAGUUGAAGGAUCCACAACAGGCGCCUCACGGCGGUGGACAGUUUUUCUUGCACGACAGUGGUUCGACUCCACCACAAGCGCCACAGCGUCGAACGUGGGCGCAGUCGGCCGUAGCGGCCGGAGUCGUCGGUGCCGGUGCGUCACCGAUCAUUCCUGGUGGUGGCUCAAACAGUAUGGUUGAUGUAAACGCCUGGAACCAUGGACCGGCGUCGAAGGGUUACAACAAAUCUCCCGCCCCGAGUGGAGGCUUCUCACUCCACCACAACGGCGACGGUGACAGUGGGUACGGCGGUGGCGGUGGCCGCGUAGGAAGCGGCGGCAGCGGCGGUAGUCAACAGUCAUUCCAGAACCUGUUCGAAGUGCAUCAUCCCCAUCAUAUGGUUGGCCAGUCGACCGCCAGCCCCCAGCACAACAAGGUGCGCAACCAAAUCUCUCAGAUGAUGAUCAGCAGCAACGGUAACAGCCCGUCCGCAGCGGGUGGUGCGGUGCACCAUGACUAUCGCGAUAACCGCAGCAUGCCACUGUCGCCACCGAUCGAUGAUAUGGCCCCUCAGAGUAUCUCCUUCAUCGGCGACGAAGAUUCGGGCGAUGUCGAGAUCAACACAUCGAAGGGCGCUGCCAACGAUAGUUACAGCUUACGCCAGCAGCAGCACCAGCAACAACAGCUGGAUGCACUCUACGGCAGCAUCAAGGGUCCGGGAGCACACAGGACGAGUGGUGGUGGCGUUGGGGGCAACGUACAGGAUCUGGACAAGCACCUAAGUAAACUGAACAUAACAAGCGGUAACCGUACUUACAGAAUACCAUCACCCACGAGGCCGAGCCUAAACUCGAACAGUUUCCAUGACCCGCAAGACGACGUGAACGAGAAAGGGUUCUACAUCUCGUUUGAUAACGAGCAACCGAAAAGACCAAAACCACCGCUCCGGACGAAGCGCUCGCCAAAGAAGGACAAACCACUCGCUGGUGUCGAGUCGGUCGAUGGCGAGAAACGGCGAGACAGUCUGGGCGAUAAGACCUCGUCGUCGCGAGUAGAAACCAAUGCCAACAAUUUCGGUACGUUCAGUGUCAAGACGGCCAGCAGUUUCUCGGCCAACUUCAACGAGGAACACAACGCUGCGCACAUGCGGAAGAGCAUCAUCGCGGACAACAGUGGUUCGUCGCCGUUCGAGCCGGUGAUGCACAAGGUGAACGUCACCGGCAGCGGCAACAGCGCAGCGUCUACGCAGGCCGCUCUGAUGAUGCAUCAGAUGAUGGACGGUGCUGGGGACCGGCGCCACACGCUGGAUGCGGAUGUCGCCAUCAUGAACAAUGGCCACUAUGGAAGCCACAACAACAGUAGCGACGGGUACGGCAGUGAAACGGAUCGGAAUGCGAAAAUAGUGAUCGAUGUUGCGACCGAUCAGAACUCCGUGGAUGAGAUGGAACGCAAGAAGGAGAAAAUUAUGCUUCUGUCGCUGCAGCGACGACAGCAGGCCGAGGAGGCAAAAGCGCGCAAAGAAAUCGAAGCCAUGCAGCGGCGCGAGAAGGAGCGCGAGAAGGAGGAAGAGCGUGCCCGUAAGAAGGAAGAACAGUUUGCCCGCCGACAGGCCAUCCUGGAGGCGCACAAAAUCAAGAAAGCUAUCGAAGAAGCGGAGAGAGAAGGAAAGACAAUCGAUCGUGAGCUACAGAUCAAGCACCAGCAGUAUCAGCAGCAGAUACAUCAAACGACACCGACACCGGCGGCAAAGAUGCGCACUCAGAAGUUGAGCCGGCCGCGACCGAAAACGAUUCACGUCGAGUCGGGCUCGGUUGAUCUGAGCGAAGCGUCCAGCCUCAGUAGCCGGGGCAAGAAGGGCUCGAACUCAAACUUGACCGGUCUCGGCAUGCACAGUGCCUCGAACACGAUGCGCCGAGACUACUACCGGGGAUCGCAGGAUUCGCUCGCAAUCAGAGAAUCACCGGACGAGUAUCCUAGCAGUAGCUCGACGCCCAUUGGUCGCCGGGGAUCCUACAAAACUGGAAGAGAACCAGCCACAAUCGAACGGGGUCGUACACUGUCGCGUAUCUCGCUAGCGAAAGGUGCCAAUUUCCGGGGACGUAAAUCGAACUCCCUGAUGAAUCUAUGCGACUCCGAUUCCGGACUGGGACGUGCCACACCACCGAGGCGAGCACCGUCGCCGGGAAUGGGACCAUCGAGCCGGCAUCUGCCUUCGCCCUCCGGGCCAGGCUCGUUACCGCCCGGGUUGAUAACGAAACGGCGCGGCUUCGACGACGGGUCCAGCGAUAUCUCGUCGAACGCGAGCUCCAUGAUGGAUUACAGUGGGCCGAGACUGUACAAACAACCGGCAACAAAGUCCAACCGUGGCAUCAUACUGAAUGCCGUCGAGUACUGUGUCUUCCCGGGUGCAGUUAACCGUGAUGCCAAGCAGAAGGUGCUGGAGAAGAUUGCCCGGUCGGAGGCGAAGCACUUCCUGGUGCUGUUCCGCGACGCCGGCUGCCAGUUCCGGGCCCUGUACGGCUACUGGCCCGAGAAUGAGCAGAUCAUCAAGCUGUACGGUACGGGACCGAGCCAGGUUGAUGAUGUGAUGUUCGACAAAUUUUUCAAAUACAAUUCGGGUGCUAAAUGUUUCACCCAAGUGCACACCAAACACCUCACCGUCACGAUCGAUGCGUUCACGAUACACAACUCGCUGUGGCAGGGAAAGAAGGCGAACCUGCCGAGCAAAAAGGACAUGGCGCUAGUGAUUUGAGGGACGUAUCUCCGGCGUUCCCAGACCUGUUCCACCAUCAUUACCACCUCCAAGGGGUGUCCUCCCUGUGCGCGGACGGCGGCAGCACCGCCGUCAUCAUCCGCCGGGGCGUCACCGUAAAAAGUAAAGUCUUGUGCGUACGCCAAGGAUAUAUUGCACUUGCCCUGCGCCACCCACCUCUGUUUUCCCUCCCCCAUUUUGGUAUUCGUUUAAUGAGUAUUGUAUAUGGCAGUUUUGGUAUUUUCCCUCAGGGAAAAGUUUGCAUGAUUUACUUUUUGAUGAUUUUUCUUUUUCUAACUGCCGCUCGCGCCCAACACGUGAAAGAUAGAAAUAAAGGUAACCAACCUCUAACCGAUGAAAAAUAACUGAUAAAAGACACAACAUUUGCUUGCGAGUCGAGAAAGUGUCAGCUUUUAGGGCUCCUUGUUUUACAAAUUUCGUCGUCCGACAUUUCCAUUGCCCACAGGCCAAGGCCCUGUCCGGAUGGCACCCCAAAAAUUGCUGGGCUUUCGAGUGGCAGCCUUUUGAUUCCGAAGCCUUAGUAACUAAACCGUUUGUUGAACAAUUUAGCCAGUUUCUGUUUGGUUAACUUCUGCGUAUUAUUUUCAACACUCUCCCGUAAAAGUUUUCUCUUUUCUUUUGUAGCUAUAAAUCAUUAAUCUAUGGUUUAGGAAUGACAGUAAUUACGAAUGCAAACUGAUAGUUGUUGUAACAUACCAUAUAGUGUUGUCCGCUAAAGAAGGAAGAACGUGAAUGCAUUACAAUCCGCAGUAACUUAUUAACCAACCAUUAUUAUUAAACGAAGAUGCGGUCGAGAUGAUGGUCGGUGGAUUGAACAUUAAACACCCUGAUUAUAAUAGCGUCGUAUGCUAUCAUUAUUCGUUAAUUUGUUUCAUCAUUUAUUCUUCUCUUUUUCUCUAACUUUUGAACCCCUUUCACCUACGACGAAGGCAAGUCGUUGUAGGUUAUAAGACUCAUGCGCAGACUAACGAAGUAAAAGGAAUAAUUCGCAUAGAUAUUAAAUUAAUAUUAUUAUUAACUAUUACAAUAAUUUGGACCGUUCAAUGAUCGAUUCUUCGGUCCCCAAGAAAAGGUAACACGAUUCCUUCUUUCGCACAGACCCCCGCUCCCUCACGGUCAGGGUCGACAGACAGAAACAAGCGCGGAGUUCGCGCAAGUAACAUCGAUCCCCGGUUCUUAGUGCGUUUGUUGGUGUCUUUUUUGUAAAAUAGUCGCUUAAGUUUCCAAUCAGCCCUAUCACGGGAGGGUCACAUUCGAGACCCCUAACGGUGGUUGAUCACGUUUAACGAAAAAUAACGAGCGCUGUGGGCGAAAGGAUGAUUACAGUGGAAAGAGAAGAUAACGGAAACAACCGAUUAGUCGACAGAGAACUGUAGUGGAAAACGCAGAACUAUGUCCUUUUUAUAAUACUUAAGUUAA